AUGGGGCCCCCCGCUGAGCUGCUGCGGGGCCGGGCGGGCCCGGAGGCCUGGCGCAAUGAGGCCAAGGCCACGGUGCGGGCGGCGCAGCAGCUGCGGGGGCGCUGCUGGCGGGAGGCGGUGGCACAGUGGCGCCCACCGCACCCCUCAGGCCAGCCCCAGGAGACACCCUACGAGCGCCGCACACGGCUGCAGGGCUGGCGCUUCAAGCUGGACGUGACGGCGGCUGGUGAGACGCUGGAGAAGCCGCCCGAGGGGCCGGGCAUCACGCUGUGGAAGAGCAAGAUGAAGCCCCCACCCUGGGUGAGCCAGCUGCCCCUGCCCUGCUUCCGGGACCACUGCGCCAGCCAGAGCAACGGGCUGGCUGCCCGCUACGCCAGUGCCGUGCGCCUGGUGGUCAGCCGGCUGCGCCAGGCGCUCACCGAGGUCAACGAGCAGGCCAAGCGCCUCAACCUAGCACGCCAGCGCCUCGAUGCUGCCCUUGCCAAGGUGCGCACCGCGCUGCUCACCAACCAGCAGAGUGCCCUGGUGCGCGAGCACCGGCCCCCGGCCGAGCAGGCCCCAGACCAAGUGGACGCACUGCUGCGGUGGGAACACAAGGAGCUGCAGAGGCUGAAGGUGGAGCUGCAGGGGGACAUGGACAUGUCGGAGGCGCACCUCAAGUGUACUCAGCACUCCAUCCCAGGCACCGAAAAGCCCAGCAACCCACAGUCCAAUGUCCCACUCUGGACCCCCUGGAGCACUGGGCCAGGGUGUGGGGAACACACUGACCCAUGUCUCCCAUGCCAGGCGUUGGGCAGGUGCCAGCAAACCCUGGGCAUGCUGUGCCAGGAGCGGGGACAGGUGCUGGAGCUGUUGGGGCAGCCGCUGCGCAUGGUGCUGCUGGAAGCCGAGCGCGAGUCCUGGCUCAGCCUGAGUCGUCCCCCGUCCCCCUUCGUAAUGAGGAACCCCACCCCGGAGCCCAGCCCUGUCGGGCCGUACACGCCAGAGUGCGCGGCGGCCAUUGAGGAGGCACGGUGCCUGACCCUGCGCUCCAAGGAGGUGCUGGCCUCGCUCAGGGCAGCCACAGCCCAAGCCACGGCCUCGCGCCACCAGGCCCAGGAGGCCUUAGAUGGCAGCCUGCAGCGCAAGAUGGACGAGACCCUGGUGCUCAAGGAGCGUCUCUACAUGGCUUUGGGGGGCAUGCGCAGCACCCUGAACCGCUGCCAGCGCUUCCACGGGGAGCUGGGCAUCACCCAGGGCAUGACCAUGGGCCCUGAGUCCAGCCAGUACCUGGAGGCGCGGGAGAAGCUGACUCGGCCCUUGGUGCGGGUGUACCAGCGCCAUGUGGGCACCCAACUGCCUGAGGCCCAGAUCCUCACCCAGGGCAGUGUGCUGCUGGAGCGCUCCAUGCAGAAGGCGGCGGCUAACGUGCAGCAGAUGCAGGCCACCCAGCGGCACCUGCACACCUCCAUCCGUGACAAGCAGACGGGCUUCCACGUGGACGCCAGUGUGCAGCGCCUGCGCCGCCGCCGCAUGCACCCCCGCAGCAGCCUGGAGGAGGCCCGUCAGAUGCUCUGCUCCUAGGGGGCCCCCACAGCCAGAGCACGAAAAUAAAAUCCCCAGAGACCUUUG